AUUCCACUCCGCCAGUCUUUGGAGUCCCCUCUGUUCAAUUGUCGUCCCCUUUGAUCCUACUCUUCAUCUCGUCAUCAGUCGUUCGCAGUUCCUCUACUCGUUAUGCUCGCGCCUCUUCGGAGAUGCUCUGCAUCUCUUCCUCGCGCGCUCAGCUGCGCCGCCAUUGCGCGGCCUGCUCUGCGCAGCGCGCCGCUCUCGACUCCUCGCUUUGUCGUGUCUCAGUCGAAGCUGGCGCCUAUCCUCUCCGUCCGGAGCUUCCAGCUGAGCGCUCGCCUCUCUGAAGCCGCUGCGGCCGAGGCCCCGGCACAGGAACCUCUGAUCACCCAGUUUGCGGAUCUUGAAGCCAAGGGAUUGGUGCACCCUAACAUCAUCCGCUCUAUCACGGCCAUGGGCAUCGAGACGAUGACCGAUGUUCAGUCGCAGAGUAUCAAUGAGGCGCUCCGAGGUUCCGAUAUGAUUGCCCAAGCCAAGACUGGAACGGGCAAGACCAUCGGCUUCCUCCUACCUAUGCUGCAAAGAAUUAUCGCCGCUAACCCCGAGCUCGCUCAAGCCCAACGGGCUCCCCAAUCCUCGCAUUAUUCGCGGCGUUAUCAGCAGCACCAGCGGUUUUCGCAAACUCCCCCCGAUAUUCAAGCUAUUGUCAUCUCACCGACAAGAGAGCUGGCAGAGCAGAUUGCCGUAGAGGCGAGGAAGUUGACUGCCCGGACUGGUGUCAUUGUACAAACAGCCGUUGGUGGUACGAAGAAGAGGGAAGGUCUGAUGAAGAUCAAGAGGGAAGGUUGCCACGUUUUGGUGGCGACUCCCGGUCGUCUGCACGAUCUUCUCUCCGACCCCUACAGUGGCGUGAAGGCGCCCAACCUGAAGUACUUCGUCAUGGAUGAAGCGGACCGUCUUCUUGAUGCUGGUUUCUUCGAGGAACUUACCAACAUCCAAGCGCAGCUUCCCGCAAGGGAAGAGGUCGACCGCCAAACGCUUAUGUUUUCUGCCACGGUCCCCAAAGAAGUAAUUCGACUAGUCCGUCAGACUCUGAAGCCCGGCUUCCAGUUUGUCCGCACGGUGAAAGAAGAUGAAGAACCCACCCACCACAGGGUACCUCAAAAGGCCGUCGUUGCUCCUCUUCGCAAUUCGCACACCGUCCUGCUCGAGCUGAUCCAGAAGAACCUGGAAUUGAACAGGCAGGGUGAGGGACGUCCCUUCAAGGCUAUCGUCUACAUCAACACCCUCAAGGAUGUAAAGGUCUACUUCGAUCUUUUUAUGAAGCUCCGGAGGGAGCUCCGGCCGGCCUCCGUUUAUGGAAUUCAUUCCCAAAUGGAGCAAGGUUCUCGUCAACGGGCGGCAGACUCAUUCAGAGCUGAUGAGACUGCUAUCCUCUUCUCCUCGGAUGUCACGGCUCGUGGCAUGGAUUUCCCCAACGUCACGCACGUCAUCCAGAUGGGCUUGCCAAAACAACGCGAGGAUUACAUUCACCGUGUAGGCCGUACCGGCCGUGCGGGUAAAGAAGGCGAGGGCUGGCUGAUAAUCCCGACCUUCGAGCGCCGCGAACUUAGGCAUAAGCUCAAGGAUCUUCCGAUCCAAGCCGACACCUCUCUUGCCACGGCCCAGGCAGGUGUGGAGACAGAAGGCCUUGCACCAGAGGUCGCUGCAUACAGAGAAACCAUUAAAAAUGCAUUCCAAAUGGUGGACCCCGAUAAUGUUACUGCCUCAUUCCUGUCCAUGAUUGGUGGUUUCUCCCCCGCGGCCGGCGCCAAGCAGGAUAUGAUUUAUGAAAUGAAUGACCUUGCCAUUCACACUUGGGGCCUGCCCGAGCCGCCUUUCAUCGGCCCAUCGAUGGCUCAAAAAUUGGGUCUCAACAGACUUGAUGGGAUCAACACGGCAGGAAACAGGAUGAGGUCAGCAACCCACCGCGAAAUUGAUUACGAUCCGAACGAUCCCUUCGGCCUUAAAACGCCGACUGCUGCUCCUGGCUCGACUGGAUCCGCCUAUGGUCGCGGCAGGUCCGGAGGCUACGGUGGUGACAGGCGCGGUGGUGGAGGCUUCGGUGGUGACAGGCGUGGUGGCGGAGGCUUCGGUGGUGACAGGCGCGGUGGUGGAGGCUUCGGCGGUGACAGGCGCGGUGGUGACAGGCGCGGUGGUGGAGGCUUCGGCGGCGACAGGCGUGGUGGUGGAGGCUUCGGUGGAGGCUUCGGUGGUGAGAGGCGCACUGGUCAAGGCGUCGGUGGUGACAGGCGUGGUGGUGGAAGCUUCGGCGGCGACAGGUUCAACCGCUAUUGAUCGUCUGCACUUCGAUCGGUUACGGCCCUGACAGUCGAUUGACGACGGCGUUCAGGAUCUUUCAAACGGCAUGAUGGAUGCCGUCAAUCAUGGUCUUAUGGGCCAAGGAAAAAGCUGUAUCAUGUAUUUUUGUAGUGGGAGGUAGACAUCUAUCUCGGGGAAAAGUAGGGACGGCGUUCAUUUGUAAGUAGGGAAGGAUACCAGUUGGCAUCACGAGUAUUCUCUUAGGUUGUUUAGCAAUUGGCUAGGGACUCUCCAAUCUAUCCGGUGUGUAUCACCACC